AUGGACCUUCGAAGAAUCUCGUAUGUUAUCCAAAGCAGUGAAGGUAGCAACACUGUAGGGGAGAGGCAAGGUUCUAGUCUACGAGUCUUCGAUGGCCAGAAAGAAGGUGAGGAAUCAAUAGCGAUCAGGGUGUGGGUCUAUACGAUUCUUAGCUUGGUUGUGGAGGUUGCGGUUCUGAUGAACGAGGAUUCAACCACAGUUGAGGAACUUCUCUUGUGCGCCUCCUUGAAGCUACGUACGCUAUUUGAACUCUGUUGGGCCUUUAAUGCGUUGGUGAUCAAGUUAGCUAAUAGGCUGGUGGCAUGUAAUUGA